CAGCCGUGUUAGUCUGUAUCCGCAAAAAGUUUUUUUUUUAUUAAAAAAAAAAACUGUUCCGAAGGGAAGAAGCUGGAGUGCUAGAGCUGGAAUAAAGAAUCCAGAUUUUCUUACAUUAGCACUAAUAGCAAAUAAUAAUAAUAAUAAUAAAUAAUAACUUCAAUUUCCAUGGCACCUCUCAUUCUUGUACUGUAGCUUGUUAUAGUUUACAAGGGAAAUCUAAUCCAGCCUAAUACUAAUAAUGGAGUGCCAGCCUCUGCUGAAAGGUCCUAGAAGCCCCAGCAAGCUGCCCAGCUGGACACUGUUUCUGGCAGUUUGUGCUGUUGGAAUUGGAGGGACAUUUCAAUAUGGAUAUAAUGUUUCCAUUAUCAAUGCACCCACCGGGCACAUCCACAAAUUCCUAAAUGAAACUUGGAGCAGUCGCUAUCAGAUGGAACUGAAUCCCAGCUUGCUGACUCUCCUCUGGUCUGUCAUUGCUUCCAUAUUUUCCCUUGGAGGUCUGUGUGGAGCUCACAUUGGAGGCAGCAUGGCGAUUAGAUUAGGCAGAAAAGGAGCUCUUCUGGUGAACAAUUUCAUAGCAAUACUGGCCUCCAUUUUAAUGGGGAUCAGUUUUCCAACAGGAUUGUUUGAGUUAUUGAUGGUUGGCAGAUUUUUGAUUGGCGUAAACACAGGUGUUGGCAUCUGUGUGCAACCACUCUAUAUAGGGGAGGUUGCCCCAAAACAUCUCCGAGGUGCUAUGGCCAUGGGCAGUUCCAUAUUUUUGACUGGAGGAAUUCUGACAGGACAAAUAAUUGGUCUAAGGGAAUUACUUGGUGGAGAAAAGUAUUGGCCUUUCUUGCUCUCCAGCAGCUGUUUCCCAGCAUUAGCCCAACUAUUCUUUCUCCCAUGGUUUCCUGAAAGUCCCAGGUAUCUUCUUAUUGACAGAGGGGAUGAGAUGAAAUGCACCAAGGCUUUGAAGUGUUUUCAUGGACCCUUGCACUACCAGGAGGAGAUGGAAGAUAUACAGAGAGAACGUUUUGCCUUAAAUGGGGAGAAACCCAAGAAACCAUGGCAACUAUUUGGUGAUCGCAGUGUAAAGUGGCAGCUCAUUACUGUGAUUGUGAUGACUAUGGGCCAGCAGCUCAGUGGGAUAAAUGCUAUUUAUUUCUAUGCAAGUUACAUUUUUAAACAAGCUGGGAUCCCUUCAGAAAAAAUUCCAUAUGUUACGCUGGGCACGGGAGCUUGUGAAUGCCUCACAGCCCUCACUUGUGGUUUGCUGAUUGACUACAUGGGAAGAAGACUGCUCAUCAUUGGAGGAUACACCCUGAUGAGCUUUUGGUGCAUAGUGUUAACAUUCUCCCUGACCUAUCAGGAGCUGUACCCCUGGGUGCCUUAUUUGAGCAUGGCAUCUAUAUUUGCUUUCAUCCUGAGCUUUGGGUUAGGUCCAGGUGGUAUAACAAAUACACUGACGGCUGAAUUAUUUACACAGUCUUCACGGCCUGCUGCUUACAUGAUAGGAGGAUCUGUUAGUUGGCUGAGUUUCUUCACAAUAGGAAUGCUCUUCCCCUUUAUAGUGAAUGGACUGAAGCAGUAUUGCUUUGUGGUGUUUUUAGUGGAAAGCUUGUUGGUUGCCUGUUUCAUCUUCUUUGUCAUUCCUGAGACAAAAAACAAGUCUUUUCUGGAAAUCAAGCGAGAAUUUCAACACCUUAACUUCAGAGAAAGAAUCAAAGAGAAGGAAGCAGAGCUAUGUGAAAGACGACAGCUCUGCAAUGAAUGUUAGAGUGUACUUUACAUCUCACAGGUGUAAGGCAGCCACAUUAAUGGGAAUUGUACACAUAUGCUCCCAUAUAUUGAGAAAAAUAGUGUUAAGGAAUGUAUUCAAAGAUAGCUUGUCAUAUCAUCAGGUGAAACUUAUUUAAAAAGGUAGACUAAUCUUGCUGGAAUAUCAAAAUACUGUAUUUUAUGUACAUAUACAGUACUGCCUACAAAAGAGACUCAAUUCAAUAAAAACGUUGAGACACAUUUGGCUAAUGUACACAUGCAGAAACAGUGCUGAUUACCUGGUCUCAUGGAGUACAGACUUCAUUGGGAAUUGCUGCAAACAGUCAAUGUGAAUCCAUGGCAUGCCUCACACUCUAACCACAUAAGGUGUCAAUAUGAAGAAUUUGGGAGACUGCGAUGGGGUGGGAGCAUCACUUCUUGAAAUAAAAUGUAGCUAUAACUUUAAUGUGAUAUUAGAAUGCUGAACAUUUAAGAAUGGCCACAGUGAAUGCAAACCUACUGCUAACUGAAAUAUUCUAGUUCAGCAGUUCUCGAACUUUAUUACAGCGUGACCCCCUUUUGAAAACAAAAAUUACUACAAGACUCCAGGAUGGGGGACUGA